AUGAACCUUUUUAUUCAUAAUAUCAUUGAAGGCAGAGAAUCUUUCAUUGAACAAGCCCAUCAUUUUCAUGGUAACUGGGUUCAUGCAAAGAAAAUGUACGCUUCAUACGAGUAUGCCAUUUCGGAUGGAGUUACAGUAUAUGAAGCAGGAGAUAUGAACAACUUUAGAAAUAUCUUUAAAUAUCAUCCUGGCAGAGUUGUUGGCGCAUAUGAUAACGUUAUUGUCCUUGGUCAUGUAGGAGUAGGCCUUUUUGGACAUUUUAUGAAUGAAGUUUUGACACAGCUAGUACUUUUCCCGGAAGAAAUACAAAGGAAGUCAUACAUCAUAGUAAAAGGAAAUCGUUCCAUGUGGGAGGGAAUCAUGACUGUUCUUGGAUUCGAAGGAAGAACAAUUGUUCUUCAACCAAAGCAAUGGAUUUAUUGCGAGAAUCUCUAUACAGUUGUUGAACCAAGACCUCAUGGAGGGUAUUACGGACCAGCAAUAGAUAAUCUUCAUACUGUACUUAGAAAAGCUUUUAACAUUUCUCAUAUUAUUCCGACCAAAAUCGAAUUUUUGAAUAGGAAAGGACCUCUAAGAGUCGUAGAAAACUACGGAGAAUUGAUUGAAGCCACAAAAAAAGAAAUAUCCUGA